UUCUUAUUUAUCGAGCGGUCCCGACGCAUCUAUGUAACCCUAACUAACCCUAACCACGGGUGUGCACUGCAAAAACAUAUCAUUACGGAGAUGCAUCGAGACCUCUGUAUUUAAGUAGUGUCGCGGAUUUUGUUCUACAAGCAACGUUUAUCUAACACAGAGAACUCAAAAACAAAAUACUCGAUAGUACCAUAACAACAUGAAAGCUCGAUUUACCUUGGACAUGACAUUAUAAAACCACCGGUAAAGAUAUUUAAAAAAAUUAUUUUGACGAAAUGGCUUUGAUUAGUUUCAUAGAGUUGUCUCUCCUUAACUAUUCUGAAAUCAUAAAGACGAAGUAUUCGGUGGGGGUUUAACAAUACAAGGCGCUCUUUAAGUCGAAUAUGCACAUUUAAAACACCUGCUGCUAUGAGUCUAAAGUAGUUGCGUUACUUUUCACAAAGCGGUGCAUUGCUCGUAUUGUUAGGGCGGCGAACAAAGUGCUUUGUGUUAUAUAGUUAAGAGGUCCUUCAUAAUUUCUGUGUUCAAAUCCCUACAAGUGCAAAUUUGACAUUCAUAAAGCACCUGCUAAAAUAUUUUGUCGAUUAUUGCAAUUAGUAUAAUGAUUCAUUUAAGUCUAAAUAUGAAUGAAGAGUUAUCUUUCUUCUGUAACCGUCCACUGUGUGUAAACAAUAAAACCGGAUUUUCUGAAAAUAGAAUUGGGAUUUUUCGUCUGGUUACAAUAUAAAUUGAAAGACGAAAACUUUAAAUACUUAUUAUCUGCUUUGCGCUCUUAAGCAACAGUUAAGCUCCGAAACCAUCAACAGCUACUUAUAUAAACAAUCAACAUUAUACUUCAACAACUAUUGUCAAAACAAAACUUUUAAACUUAACUUUCAAUUGUUAGUAUAAGUUUUGUUUCCGUUGAAGAGCCAACGGUUUUAUAUAUAUAUCUAUUAGAUAUAUACACACAAGCUGAAUACAGAAACUAUUUGUGGAAAGAAACACGUUUAUUGUUUAUUGAGAUCAACAUCAUUCUCAGAAACUUUCUUUGUUGGAUAUUGUGCUGCUAAACGUUAUCCCAUCAUGGAUAAUGAAACACUCUCAUUUCAAUAUAACAACGAGAAUUACUUUGCAAAUUUUUCAUAUAAACCUUCCGUGAUAACAAAGGAUUAUCUUCUCUACGAUGGAGUUCUUAAUGGCUCUGGAAUACAUCGUGGAAACAGGUGCAUUAUUCGUGUUUUGAAAACCAAACCUCACUCUAAAAAUGCUUGGAAAUCAUAUCUUAACACCAGAGCAUUACUUCAUAAAGCCAAAUCUUAUUUUGUAUCUCGCUCUGACGUGGAAUUUUUUCAAGUUCCAGAUUAUACCGAAGCACUAAUUGACAGAAUCUCUCUUAUUACAAAAUUCACUGUCUCAAGACACCCUGUUCCUGAUGAGACUGUACUUAUUGAUCACUACAAAGGUGCACAUGGAGAAGAAAAAUUAACAAGUCCAAGUCUUGAUGCUAUUUCUCAUUUCACUUUCUUAGAAUCCAAAGGACAAACAAUACUGACCAAUUUCCAAGGAUUUCGAAUUAACAGAAAGACUAUUUGUAUUACUGGUGCAGAUUGCGUUGCUAUAAAUGCUGAAACUUUCUUAAAGCAACAUAAAUGCAAUAAACACUGUAAAAUAUUACAGAAUGUACCUCAGCUAAUACCACAAGUGACUUAUAUACAAGACAAGAAUCAAGCACCUAGUUACCAUAGCAUCGUAACAGCAAGAGCUAGUCUGCCACACAUAAUGUAUGGUCAUUACAUUUGUGAUCAUUGUGAUAUAUAUAAUCAUGGUGGCAUGUAUAAUCACUGUGGCAGUUAUAAUCAUUGUGCAGUGUAUAACCAUACAGCUUUAAUGCAUUCUUCAAGCGUGCAAGAGAGAGAAACAUUUGGACAUCUUCAUCUUCGACCAGAGCCAUCAGCUCCGCCAUUUGAUGAAGUCUUUUAUAGAGCUUCUUAAAACAGUAGCAACACAAAUUUUCCAUUUAUGCAGUGGAAAUUAAAAUUUGAACAGCUACAACUAAUUCUGGCUUAGCUAUAAGUUUUAAACAAGGGAUUUUCUGUUACAGAAUUCCACUGGCUACACAGAAAACAAAGCAAAAUUAUUAGUGCUAUCUUUUGCAGCAUACUUUUUUUUAUGCCAAAGCUGCUUCAGACAACAAGAUAGCCAACAGUCUGCGGGUCUCCCUUCAUUUAGUUCAAGCUUGAGAGUUGUAGAUGCAAUAUCUUUUAUGAUAAUAUGCUGUCACAAGGGUUUGUAAGGUGACUUACAACUUUCACGAAAACCAAAAGCAAUUAACAUGCUAAUUAUUUACGGAAGAAAACAAUUUCAUUACUGGUGAGUUUGACAUUGUUCUAGAUGUUUUACUUUGUCAAAAUUGUUUAGAGAAGCUACAGCUAAAACAUAAGAGGGACUUGUUACCAGACCUAAUGCAGAAGAAUGAGUGGUUGCCAGACGUUUCCCUUCCUUUCAGUUAAUUGCUGGGAUAUAUUUGUAUUGGCUUCAGAAGAUUAAAAACUUAAGCUGUGCCAAUGUUGAACUCUCAUCAUAAUAUUACAAAGCUCAUAUGAUGUGGCUUCGCGUAAGCUACCUUUUUGACUGCAAGUCUACAUUAAGCAAUGCUACUGAAAUUCUGAGAGGGAGAAAGGAGAAAGAUAAAGUGAGAGUGAAAGAGAGAGAGAAGGCUCACAAUUAUUUACAUGCGGGUUUCUGAAAACCAAUAUCUGUAAAAUCAAUAUCUGUAAAAUCAAUAUAAAUAUUUGUGGGAAUAGUGUUAUUGAUAUUGACAAAUCAGAACAAAAACUGAACAUCCAAAAAUAAAAAUAUUUGUAAAUACAUAGAA